GAAGCUCCGGCGCAUGCGCGGUGCGGCCGGGCCCGGGUUCAGCGGAGUAAGAAGAGGCCGAGAACGAUCGUAACGGGAGCCCCGGGACCGGCCCCCGGGAUACCGGGAUAUCGGAGACCGGGCCCCCGGGACACCGGGACCGGGACCCCGGCACCGCCGCUAUGUGACCCCGGUGUCCCCGCAGCCCCCCGGUGACCCGCUGUGCCCCCCCAGAUGCGGUUCAUGCUGCUGUUCAGCCGGCAGGGGAAGCUGCGCCUGCAGAAGUGGUACCUGGCCACCGCCGACCGCGACAAGAAGAAGAUGGUUCGGGAGCUCAUGCAGGUGGUGCUGGCGCGCAAGCCCAAGAUGUGCAGCUUCCUCGAGUGGAGGGACCUCAAGGUCGUCUACAAGAGGUACGCCAGCCUGUACUUCUGCUGCGCCAUCGAGGGGCAGGACAAUGAGCUCAUCACGCUGGAGCUCAUCCACCGAUACGUGGAGCUGCUCGACAAGUACUUCGGCAGCGUGUGUGAGCUGGACAUCAUCUUCAACUUCGAGAAGGCCUAUUUCAUCCUGGACGAGUUCGUGAUGGGGGGCGAGAUCCAGGACACCUCCAAGAAGAGCGUCCUCAAGGCCAUCGAGCAGGCGGAUCUGCUGCAGGAGGUGAGGCACCCCCAGACUCACCUAUGGAGCCCCCAAAACACCCCUAUGGAAACCCCAUAGCACCCCUAUGGAGCCCCCAAAC